AAAAUAUGUUUUUUUUUCAAUUUAUAUUCAACACAGAGAAAUACAGUGUAUUCUCAUUCGAAUUAUUUUAAGACCACUAUAUUGUAAAUAUGGACUUUUAGUUUUGAACACUGAAGGCUGUCCAGAAAUGUGAGAGUAGUCCAAUUGAUUGUGAAGUGAUGAUGUUUCGACGAUUAUUAUUACCGUCUGCCAAGACUUACACUCUUUGGAAACACUCUUCAAAGAGUCAUGAAACCAACUUGAAAACUGCUGUAUAUCAUUUGAGCUCAUUUGUAUCCAGCAAUUCGAAGAAAGCCUUAAACAACGAAAGCAACCUUGACUCCUUUUUUGUUGGAACUUGGAAACGUUAUAGCUUUUAUUUUCAGAAACAAAGAGACUUUAAUUGUGUGCAGCCAGAUUUAUUUUCUGAAAAUAGAAAAUUUGUUUAUGGCAGAUUGGAAAGUAUGCGCCAUUUUUCAGAACAGAUAGGCUCUGAUAAGCCUUCAAGAUUUGCUACUGGAAGUUCAUUAGGAAGCUCAAGUUCUGCGGCAGAUUCCAAGAUUGACUGGAGAGUCAGAGUAAGAAGAGCUCAGAGAAAAAGAUUGUAUUAUCUCGUAGGAGGCAUGGCAGUCUUCGCGACACUUGUAUAUUCGGCCUUGUUUGCUUUUGAGGAUCGUUUAAUGUAUUUUCUUACUCCAACACAGACUUUGGCAAAAGUAGCAACACUUCGACCAGAGAGUCGUUUUCGUUUAGGUGGUGUGGUCGUAAAUGGUUCUUUUAUGUUGAAUGAAAAGGAAAAGUUCGCAGAGUUCGUUGUGACUGACUUGGAGAAUGAAAUUCCUGUUCUCUUCAAGGGCGAUACUUUUCCGGACCUCUUUGGAGAAGGCAAGUCAGUGGUUGCAGAAGGGUAUCUUCGAGACGGAAUAUUUUAUGCAGAUAAAAUUCUGGCAAAGCAUGACGAAUAUUAUAUUCCAAAAAGUGUACAAGAGUCUAUAAAUCGAAAUCCUGUGAGUGUCUAUGGUGCACUAAAGAGUGCCAAUGUUGGUUCGAGAAACUACUGAAAUAAAGAAGCUUGAAACUGU